AUGGUUUCUGUUCCAGAGAUCGAACAGGAGAAUCGCAUGGAAUCAGGGUCACUUGUAACUUCCAUAUAUAAUCCCCCGAUCCUCGAGCACUACGAAGCACUGGAACGAGGCGAAAUCACCGCCGAAGACUUCGAUCCAAUAUUCACUCAUUUCUUCAACAAAACGCAUAAUCGUACUGAAAAAGUAAUACCUCUAAUUACUUCGGUAAUCGAUCGCCUUUACCACACCGAAAUGAUCACAGAAAUGGAGAACAUAAUCAAGGACUUGGGUAUUCGCACAGCAUUACUGACGAAUAACUUCUUUGCCGAUCGGGCACGUCGUACGCCCACAAUUCCCAUGGGCUUCGAAAAGUACUUUGACGUAGUGGUGGAGUCAUGCCGGGCAGGAAUGCGUAAGCCUGAGCCAGUCAUUUACCGGCGCAUUUGUGAAGCGUUGAAGGUGACACCAGAGGAAUGCGUGUUCCUGGACGAUCUGGGACCCAAUCUCAAGCCAGCCAAAGAGAUGGGCUUCACAACCAUUAAGGUAGUGGUCACAUCUCCUCAUCAAGCUGUCGCUGAUCUGAGAACGAUACUCAAAGACAUACUCGAAUUCCCACCCGGCACAAGGGAGUGUUUACCAAGUUCGUAA